GGGGAACUUUUAAUGUUUUUUGGAGACUGUUCCGAAGUUUUACUCCAGUAUUGAACAGAAUAGCAUUUUUUGUUUUAUUCAUUUUUUUUGAAGUUACUGAGCAAUAUGAAUAAUUAUUUUUUAGUAAUUGGAGAAUGAGAAUUAGACGUGAAGAGGUACGUAGACAGAAUGAGUUCUACGAAAGAAUUUUGUCAGAGCUCUACCUGCUUCCUUUGAAAAUCGAAAGCAUUUUAUUUCUUCAAGGAGCCAUUUCUCCAUGGAACAACAUGAAAUUUUUGAUUUUGAUUCGAAUGGUGGAUUUGCUACAACUGAAUUUUUGAAUGGAUUGGAUGGUCCACAGUCAACACUCCCCCGUUUAUCUUCAAAUUCGUCAACUCAAUUUGCUGCAAUUUGUGCGGCACCGUUAAAUACUUCAACAUCGGGCAUUACCUCAUCAUUAUCUUCGGUAAAUUUAAAUUUUUAUUAUCACUCUCGUUAUGUAUCCAUAGUAAUGUUUUAUUCGAAAGUUAAGAAAUGGAAUCCAUUACGCUAG